CCCACCCACCGCUCGCGCCCAAGGUUCCUAAAAAGGAAAGGUGCAAAACUUGGUCCAGGAUAAGACACGAUCAAAAAGCCAGGCCAUACUUCCUGUUGCCGAGACCUUAUAUAACACGUCAUGACCGCCCCGGCUGCAGAGACGCACCUAGCGCUGGCCCGGCCGCCGCCUCCGCCGCCCGCCCGCCGCCCCAGGUUUCCCCGAGGACCGCGAUGAGCUGGUGGCUGUGCUGCGCGCUCGUGUUCUUGGACAUCUCCAUUAAAUGGACCACCCAGGAAACCUUCCCUCCAAAAUACCUUCAUUAUGACCCAGACAGCGGUCGUCAGCUCAUGUGUGAAAAAUGUUCCCCCGGCACCUACCUAAAACAGCACUGCACAGCAAGAGGGAAUACACUGUGCCUGCCUUGCCCUGAGCACUCCUACACAGACAGCUGGCACACCAGUGAUGAGUGUGUGUACUGCAGCCCAGUGUGCAAGGAGCUGCAGCACACGAAGCAGGAGUGCAAUCGCACGCACAACCGUGUGUGCGAGUGUGAGGCGGGGCGCUACCUGGAGCUGGAGUUCUGCUUGAAGCACCGGAGCUGUCCCCCUGGGUUGGGAGUGGCACAGGCUGGAACCCCAGAGCGAAAUACAGUUUGCAAACGAUGUCCAGAUGGAUUCUUCUCAAAUGAGACUUCUUCAAAAGCCCCCUGUAGGAAACACACAAACUGCAGUUUCCUCGGCCUCUUGUUAACUCAAAAAGGAAAUUCAACACAUGACAAUGUAUGUUCUGGAAACCGGGAAUCAACACAAAAAUGUGGAAUAGAUGUCACCCUUUGUGAGGAGGCUUUCUUCAGGUUCGCUCUUCCUACCAAAUUUACACCUAAUUGGCUCAAUGUUCUGGUGGACAAUUUGCCUGGGACUAAAGUAAAAGCAGAGAGUGUGGAGAGGAUUAAACGGCGACACAGCUCACAAGAACAGACGUUCCAGCUGCUGAAGUUAUGGAAGCAUCAAAACAAAGAUCAAGAUAUGGUGAAGAAGAUCAUCCAAGAUAUUGACCUCUGUGAAAACAGUGUGCAGCGACACAUGGGACAUGCAAACCUUACCUAUGAGCAGCUCCUCGGCUUGAUGGAGAGCUUACCUGGGAAGAAAGUCAGUACAGAAGACAUCGAAAGGACAAGGAAGACAUGCAGAGCAAACGAGCAGCUCCUGAAGCUGCUCAGCUUGUGGAGAAUCAAGAACGGUGACCAGGACACCCUGAAGGGCUUGAUGCAUGCUCUCAAGCACUUGAAAACAUACCACUUCCCCAAAACCGUCACUCACAGUCUGAGGAAGACCAUCAGGUUUCUGCACAGCUUCACCAUGUACCGAUUGUAUCAGAAGCUCUUUUUAGAGAUGAUAGGGAACCAGGUCCAGUCAGUCAAAAUAAGCUGCUUAUAACCAGACGUGGUCACUGGGCUGUUUCUUCGUGAUGGUCCAGGCCUGAGGGAGGAGCAGACUGCCCCUCAUGCACUCGAGGGGGUACAGUAAUCUCUCUCUCAUCAACCACGACUGACUUUGCUUCACGGCACUCAAAGAAACUAGAAUGUGGAGAACUAGUAUCUCCCACAAAGUUCAAUACAUCCCCAAUAACUUAUCCAGCUGUAAGUUCUGGCCCAGUAUCUACUGACUGUAUUUUUUUUCUUGUUACUGCUUGCAGGAAUUCAACUGGAAAUAUUAAUAACAAAAUCUAGAGUCCAUUGUAUCUUUCCAAAUAUGGGAAUGUCUAACAUAUAUAGCUUUGGGAUUUCAGCUGUGCUAUAGGCUUUUAUUAGAAAGUCAUGUUUUUUUCUGUAAACGUUACUAAUAUAUCUGUAACACUGUUGCAGUAUUGCUAUUUAUAUUCAUUCAGACAUAAGAUUUGUACAUAUUAUCAUCCUAGAGAGAAAUGGUCUAAGACUUAAUUUUAGAAAGAAAAAAAUAUUGUUUAUUAUGACAAAUGAAAGAUGUAAAGUAUAUUUUUAAUAGAAAGUUUGUAGGAUUUUAUAUUUGGUUCUGCCACUUUUCCUGUGUGGAAUGUUUUUAUAAUAUAAUUUUAUCUGUAUACGCUGUAAUAUCAUUUUAUAGAAAAUGCAUUAUGUAGUCAAUUGUUUAAUGUUGGAAAGUGUAUGAACUAUAAAUUAUCUGAAUACUAGAUGCUCUGAGAAAUUGAAUGUACUUUAUUUAAAAGAUUUUUAUGGUCUUACUGUAUAAAUAACAUCAUUAAAGUUUUCAAAUUAUUUUUCA